GGUGAUUUCAUUCGAUCUCAAGAAAGCCUUUGAUUCCGUUUCUCACAACAUCAUUUGCAAGAAGCUAGGAAAAACCAACAUUAAUCCAUAUGUAAUAAAUUGGAUUAGAAAUUUUUUGACUGAUAGGAGACAAAGAGUAAUAGUAAACGGAAUAGAAACAAAUUAUGUAGACAUAAACAAAGGAGUACCGCAAGGCACAGUUCUUGGACCAUUUCUAUUUUCCUUAAUGAUAAAUGAUCUAACAGUCAAAGAUCCAAAUAACAACAUACUAGUCAAAUUUGCAGAUGAUAUGACUGUUAGCGCUCCAGUGAAAAAUAAUUAUGACUCCGCACUAGCGGAGGUAGACAAUAUUGAAAAAUGGACGGAAACAAACAGAAUGUCAUUAAAUCUAGAUAAAACAUGGGAAAUGGUU